GGACCCAAAUUGUGCAUCGAAAUAAUGAAGUUACGUCCAUGAAUCAAUAACGCGUACUAUAGGGCGGGCAAAAACGUUUGACCGGUAGUGUACAUGUACAUACAAUCUUAUAGAAGCGGGAAAUUUAAUUUUUAAAUGAUCAUAUUAUGUCUUUAUAAAUAAACGUUAAUAAAAACCUUAAACGCGCUUAAAUUGUCUAAUUUAAGUCUAUAAAAACUUUUAUUUCUUACCGUUACAUUUGGAUAUUAAUGACAUACCUCAAACAUCAUCAAAUAGAUGUUGUGAGUUGUUAACAGUUGAUAUAUAAAAGGAACUGCUUCAUGUAACAGUUUGUCAUUUGAUUAUAUUGAUCGAGUGGGGAACGAGAUGGGGAUUUCGAUUUUGUUAGGUUGUACUGUAUUUUUGUUUUGCGUAUUUGCGGAGGGAAGUGCUCGAUUGAAUAAUUACACAGAAGAAGAUUACAAAAAAAGUUUUCCUAAUAACGAAGAUCAAGGGACGCUGAAGUUAAUUAACGUGAUGUUUCGACAUGGAAAUAGAACUAUAAAUGGCGGAGAUGAGUCAUAUCCAAACGAUCCUUACUUAAAUAUGACUUAUUUCCCUUAUGGACUUGGACAACUUACGAACGCUGGCAAAGUGAAAGAAUAUUUCAUGGGUGCCGAUCUUCGUAAUAGAUACGACGAUUUUUUGGGAAAAUACUACUACCCCGAGUUAGUCGAAGCGAUUAGUACUAACGUCAACAGAACAAAGAUGUCGCUUUUGUUAGUUUUAGCAGGAUUGUUUCCGCCAAGAAAGGAGGAUGCAGUUUUGGGAAUGUCUUGGCAACCUAUCCCCUACAAUUUCCUACCAAUCGAACGAGAUCCAGUUCUUAACGGUGUAAGAUGCCCUGAAUAUAUCGAGGAAUAUGCGAAACAUGUUCAACAAUUGUUGGAUCGAAACAAGUUUAAGAAAUACGAAAAAUUGUUUGAUUAUAUAUCGCAGCAUAGCGGGUUGAAUAUUACGACGAUUCGGCAAGUAUAUAAUCUUCAAUUUGGUCUGGCGACUGAACGGGAAUUCGGUCUGGAAUUACCGGAAUGGACGAAGAAGGUGUAUCCGGAACCCAUGACGAAUGUGGCUACCGAAGAUUAUUAUAUAGCUAUGGGUACACCCAUUUUGAAGAGACUGGCGAUCGGUUAUUUUUUAAAGAAAUUAAUAAACGAUGCUAACGAUAAUAUCGACGAUGACACGAAACUAAAAACGAAAAUUCACUUGUAUUCUGGUCACGAGAGUACCGUGGCGCGUCUGUUGAUAGCUUUGGGUAUAUUCGAGAAGCAUAUACCUUCGUAUGGGUCUCACGUCAUUUUAGAAUUGCACGAAAUCGAAGGUGUUUACGGUUUCAAAGUUUUUUAUCAAGGGUGGGAUGGUAGGGGAUUACGUUUAAUGCAAAUACCCGGAUGUGAAGAAUUUUGUCCUCUGGAUGCGUUUACCGCGUUAAUGCAAGAUUAUCUACCUCUGGAUGAUGACGUAUGUUCAGAUUGAUAACCAGUGAUGCCAGCUUGGCUGUUUUUCCCCUAAAUUUGGGGAGAAUAAUUUAAAUAAGGGGAUUUUUUCGGGAAGGCGGUGAAAAUAAAUAAUUUUGUUUAUCGGAAUUUAUUAGGGCUUCCAGAAACAUAGAAUGGAUGCUUUUAUGCAAGAUUUUCUAGCUCUGGAUGAUGACGUAUGUUCAGAUUGAUAACCAGUGAUGCCAGCUUGGCUGUUUUUUCCCUAAAUUUGGGGAGAACAAUUUAAAUAAGGGGAUUUUUUCGGGAAGGCGGUGAAAAUAAAUAAUUUUGUUGAUCGGAAUUUAUUAGGGCUUCCAGAAACAUAGAAUGGAUGCUUUUAUGCAAGAUUUUCUAGCUCUGGAUGAUGACGUAUGUUCAGAUUGAUAACCAGUGAUGCCAGCUUGGCUGUUUUUUCCCUAAAUUUGGGGAGAACAAUUUAAAUAAGGGGAUUUUUUCGGGAAGGCGGUGAAAAUAAAUAAUUUUGUUGAUCGGAAUUUAUUAGAGCUUCCAGAAACAUAGAACGGAUGCUUUUAUGCAAGAUUUUCUACCUCUGAAUGAUGACGUAUGUUCAGAUUGAUAACCAGUGAUGCCAGCUUGGAGGUUUUUUCCCUAAAUUUGGGGAGAACAAUUUAAAUAAGGGGGUUUUUUCGGGAAGGCGGUGAAAAUAAAUAAUUUUGUUGAUCGGAAUUUAUUAGGGCUUCCAGAAACAUAGAAUGGAUGCGUUUGUGCAAGAUUUUCUAGCUCUGGAUGAUGACGUAUGUUCAGAUUGAUAACCAGUGAUGCCAGCUUGGCUGUUUUUUCCCUAAAUUUGGGGAGAACAAUUUAAAUAAGGGGGUUUUUUCGGGAAGGCGGUGAAAAUAAAUAAUUUUGUUGAUCGGAAUUUAUUAGGGCUUCCAGAAACAUAGAAUGGAUGCUUUUAUGCAAGAUUUUCUACCUCUGAAUGAUGACGUAUGUUCAGAUUGAUAACCAGUGAUGCCAGCUUGGAGGUUUUUUCCCUAAAUUUGGGGAGAACAAUUUAAAUAAGGGGGUUUUUUCGGGAAGGCGGUGAAAAUAAAUAAUUUUGUUUAUCGGAAUUUAUUAGGGCUUCCAGAAACAUAGAAUGGAUGCUUUUGUGCAAGAUUUUCUACCUCUGGAUGAUGACGUAUGUUCAGAUUGAUAACCAGUGAUGCCAGCUUGGCUGUUUUUUCCCUAAAUUUGGGGAGAACAAUUUAAAUAAGGGGAUUUUUUCGGGAAGGCGGUGAAAAUAAAUAAUUUUGUUUAUCGGAAUUUAUUAGGGCUUCCAGAAACAUAGAAUGGAUGCUUUUGUGCAAGAUUUUCUACCUCUGGAUGAUGACGUAUGUUCAGAUUGAUAACCAGUGAUGCCAGCUUGGCUGUUUUUUCCCUAAAUUUGGGGAGAACAAUUUAAAUAAGGGGAUUUUUUCGGGAAGGCGGUGAAAAUAAAUAAUUUUGUUGAUCGGAAUUUAUUAGGGCUUCCAGAAACAUAGAAUGGAUGCUUUUAUGCAAGAUUUUCUAGCUCUGGAUGAUGACGUAUGUUCAGAUUGAUAACCAGUGAUGCCAGCUUGGCUGUUUUUUCCCUAAAUUUGGGGAGAACAAUUUAAAUAAGGGGGUUUUUUCGGGAAGGCGGUGAAAAUAAAUAAUUUUGUUGAUCGGAAUUUAUUAGGGCUUCCAGAAACAUAGAAUGGAUGCGUUUGUGCAAGAUUUUCUAGCUCUGGAUGAUGACGUAUGUUCAGAUUGAUAACCAGUGAUGCCAGCUUGGCUGUUUUUUCCCUAAAUUUGGGGAGAACAAUUUAAAUAA